AUGGCAGGUGUUCCGACGUGGAAGAGCCGCUUCGGCGGCCUCUUCGGUAACAAGAACGGAAAGGACGACGCGACGGAAGAAGACACACAUUCCAACAUUCCGAAAUGGAGCUUGGGUGUCCUCAAUGAUCCUCAGACGCUCGAAGUGCCUGGAUCCGUUUUUCUUCUCGGCAGCCACAACGCGCCCAUGGGCGUGAGCAACACCCCCGCCAGGACCGCUCACUCCUCCAUGCCUGACCCGACCAGGGAGGCCAAGACGACCAAGGACGGCACCGUUCUGAACCCCCAGCCUGAAGAGUCGGCCAACGACCCCCUCAACUGGCCCGAGUGGCGGCGCGACUGCGCCCUGCUGGCCCUCGGCUUCUACUGCAUGGUCGGCGGCGGCAUGACCCCCCUGCUCGCCGCCGGCUUCACCAACGUGGCCCAGGACUACCACAUCGACACCGAGACCGUCUCCCUGACCACCGGUCUGUUCAUGAUGGGCCUGGGUCUCGGCUCCGUCAUCUUCUCCCCCACGGCCAUCCUGUACGGGAAGCGGCCCGUCUACCUGUUCAGCGCCGUCAUCUUCAUCGUCAGCUCCGUCUGGGCCGCCCUGUCGCCCAACUUCACCUCGCUCAUCCUGGCCAGGAUCUUCCAGGGCAUCGCUGUGAGCCCCGUCGAGUGUCUCCCUUCCGCCACCAUCGCCGAGAUCUUCUUCCUCCACGAGCGCGCCUUCCGCAUCGGCAUCUACACCCUGCUGCUGCUCGGCGGCAAGAACCUGGUGCCGCUCGUCAGCGCCGUCGUCAUCCAGGCCUUGGGAUGGCGUUGGGUUUUCUGGGUCGUCACAAUGGUUGUCGCGUUCGCCGGCGUGCUCCUCUACUUCUUCGUGCCUGAGACGUUCUGGGACCGGAUCCCCGCGCCCACGAGGGACGCCGCCCAGUCUCGAAGGUCGAGCAUGCAAAAGAGGGAUCUAGCUGCGGGCAUGGAGCCGACCUCCGCCAGCCCGACCCUCGAACCUCCGCACAGCCCUUCACAUCAACAGACGGACGAGGCCAUCCGGUUCGCCCUCGCCACCAACCAGGACGGCCAAGGCGCCAAGGACCCCGAGAAAGAGCCGGGCAGCGCCUUCGACUCGUCCAAUCCCACACCCGCCCGCCGGACCUCGGACACCUCGGGCGACUACUACGCCAAGGAGACCGGUAUCGAGGCCCAGAAGGUCCCCACACGGUCGUCGGGCGAGAGCUCCCCGUCCAUGUCGCUGGCCUACACCGAGACGCUGCGCAACCAGCCCGCAAAGUCCUUCACCGAGCAGCUGAAGCCCUGGAACGGCCGCCUCAACCAGGACCGCUGGUUCAAGGUCAUGCUGCGGCCGUUUGUCCUCUUCGCCUACCCGGCCGUGUUCUGGUCCGCCGUCGUCUACUCCCUGUCGGUCGGCUGGCUGAUUGUCGUGUCCGAGUCCGUGGCCCUCAUCUACCGCAACCGCAAGUCGUACAACUUCGACGCCCUCCAGACCGGCCUCGUCUACCUGUCCCCCUUCAUCGGCGGCGUCCUCGGCACCGCCGUCGCCGGCAAGGUCAGCGACAUCAUCGUCAAGUCCAUGGCGCGCCGCAACGGCGGCCUCUACGAGCCCGAGUUCCGCCUCGUCAUGGCCGCCCCCGUCGCCGUCACCACCGUCGUCGGCCUCAUGGGCUUCGGCUGGUCGGCCCAGGAGCGGGACCACUGGAUCGUGCCCACCGUCUUCUUCGGCAUCAUCUCCUUCGGCUGCACCCUCGGGUCUACGACGGCAAUCACGUUCUGCGUCGACAGCUACCGGCAGUACGCCGGCGAGGCGCUCGUCACGCUCAACUUCAGCAAGAACAUCUUCCACGGCCUCGUCUUCAGCCUCUUCGUCACCCACUGGCUCGCCGACGACGGGCCCAAGAUGGUCUUCAUCUGGCUCGGCAUCAUCCAGCUCAUCUUCCUCUUCCUCACCAUCCCCAUGUACCUGUACGGCAAGCGGGCCCGCAUGUGGACCACGAGGAAGAAUCUAAUGGAGAAACUGUGA